UUACAUUUUAUUUUUACUUAAAAUAUUUAAUUUUGUUUUACAGGAUAUGACAUUUAAAUUGGAAUAUAAUGACAGAAUAGGAUAUUUCAAUUGGGAUGGCAGAACUUAUUCAAAGGAUGAAAAUGAAAUUGAAAUAAAUGAUCGCUAUGCCAAGGAAAUCGGAUUUAAUGAAUAUCCUGUUAGUGUUAACUGUAUUAAAAAUGUAUCAUCAUGUGAAGAAGCAUUUUUGGUUACUUCUCCUAAGGAUUUGGAAAUUAUAGAAUUAAAUAAUACUUAUCUUGAAGACAACAUUAUGAAUCAAAUUAAAAUUAUAUGGAAGGAUCAGGUUUUUCCAAUUUGGAUAAACAAAUAUUUGAUAUUUGUAAAAGUUAUUCAAACUUAUCCUGACACCGUUCCAGUGAAAUUAGUCACAGAUACACGAUUUGACAUCAAAGCCAAGAAAUUUGGAUCAGAAAUUUAUACUUCUGAUAAAUCUUCAUGUACGGAGCAGAAAACAAGAAGCAUUUUUAGUAUUCUGACAAGAAUUAUAAACUAUAAUGAAAGCAGUUUUGAUAAAACUGAAAAUAAUGAGUUAAUGAAAACCUCAUUAGAUUUUGAUCUUUCUUCUGCAGUUGUAUAUAAUAAAAACAAGAAUAAUUUUAUUUCUAAAGAUCCUAUUGAUUUAAUAGCUCGUGUAAUACCUUUAGAAAGUUUCUAUUCAGAUUGCAAGACACAUUCCAAAAUAUUAGAUAAAAUGAAGAAUUUAGUUCAUUCAUCGAUAUUAUAUAUUGGUUCGUCUGUUAUCAAUGUUGAAUUGGACUGUUUUGUAGCCAAUAUAAGAAAAUGUUUGUCACCUACAGAAAAUGAUGAUGAAAAAAUGAAUAAUAGUUCAUUUCAAAAAGAUAAAAAGAAAAAGAAUGAUGAUGAUUUUAAGUUUAAUUCAACUAUAGUUCAAGUUAUUACAUUUAAUGAUUAUGAAAUUUCAUGCAACAGAUGCUUUAAAAAAGAACUGAAUACAAUUUUGCAAACAAAUUAUAUUGUUGUCCCAAAUUCAUUAAGAAAAGCAUUAGGAUUGGAAAUUUCAAGUAAAAUUCAUCUUCAGAGUAUAAAUUGGGAGCCUUCAUUACCAGAAGAAAUUAAUUUUGUUUCUGUUUCAAAUUCAGUGAGUUUGUCAGGUGAUUUUGAGAAAUAUAAAAAUCAGUGGUGUGAAAACAUGCGCAAAUUGAGUCAACCAUUUGUGUUUUGCAAUAAUACUUUCAUCAGUCUUCCAACAGAAACUGGUAUUGAUGCUGAUUUUAUUAUAAAAGCAUCAUUUAAAAAUUCUUCAGAAGUAAAUGGUCAACAGCCAUAUGGUGUCAUUGAUCCAUAUAUGUUAUCAAAAAUUACUUUAGCUAAUGAAAUUAUGCAGCCAAUUAAAAUAAAUGGAAUAAAAUUGCCUUGCCAAAACUUAAAAAUUAUUGAUCAAGAUUUUGCUGAUACCGAUUUCAUCAAACUUGGUGGAAUAAAUACAUUAUCAACUAAAGGAGCAUCAUUUCUUGAACUUUGGUUGAAUCUCUCACCUUUAGCUGACUCAAUUCUACCCAAAUAUUUCUCUACUCCAGUAUUAUUGAUAUGUGGUCCAAGAGGUACAGGAAAAAGUUCAUUAGCUCAAAACUUAAUUCAGAAGAUAUCAAAAUCACCAUAUUAUGUUUAUCAUCAUAUAAUAUCAUGUAGAAAACUACAAGGUAAAAGAGCUGAAGUAAUUUGGAAAAGCUGGAGGAAGGAAUGUAAUGAAAUAAUUCAUCGGCAACCUUCAAUACUGCUAAUUGAUGACUUUGAUAUAAUUGCACCUGCACCAUUAAAUCCCGAACAAGAAAGAUCUACAGAUGGAUUACACUAUCAUAAAAUAGUUAAUACAUUUUUAAAUUUGAUUGAACUUAUUAGAUUUUCUGAAUCUAAAAUAUGUAUUAUUGUUACUGCUAAGUCUCCUCAAUCACUUCAUCCUCUGUUAACUUCUACAAGAGGAAAUCAUAUUUUUCAGCUUACUUUAGAAAUUAAUACUCCAAAUAAAGAACAAAGGGAAUCUAUAGUGAAAGCAUUAAUUGAAUCAAAACCUUACUUAAUAGUGGAUUGUAAAGAAUAUUUAUCCAAGUUUGCUUUUAAGACAGAAGGCUGUGUUGCUGAAGAUUUAAAUAUAUUAUUGAACAGAGCUACUCACUCUGCAUGGAUGAGAGUUGAGAAUAGAAAAACAACUGAUAAGGAACUACAUUUAACAGAAAUUGAUUUUGAUACAGCUUUGAAAAAUUAUCUUCCUUUACAUAUACGAGGAAUUAAUUUAUAUAAAAGUGAAAGUAAAUCUUGGUCUGAUAUCGGUGGGUUGUCUGAUAUAAAAAAAACACUGUAUGAAAUUCUAUUUUGGCCAUUAAAAUAUCCCACAUUGUUUGAAAAUUGUCCAAUACGUCUUCAGUCAGGGAUUCUUUUGUAUGGGCCUCCGGGAACAGGAAAAACUUUGUUAGCUAGUGUUAUAGCUAAAGAAAGUGGAUAUAAUUUUAUUACUGUAAAGGGCCCAGAAAUCUUAUCAAAAUAUAUAGGAGCAAGUGAACAAGCUCUAAGAAACAUUUUUGAAAAUGCUCAAAGUGCAAAACCUUGCAUAUUAUUUUUUGAUGAAUUUGAUGCUCUGGCACCCAGGAGGGGUCACGACAGUACCGGCGUUACGGAUCGCAUUGUUAAUCAAUUACUGACACAAAUGGACGGGGUGGAGAUUUUAAAAGGGGUUUACAUCUUGGCCGCAACAAGUAGACCCGAUCUCAUCGAUCCAGCUUUGUUAAGACCGGGGAGAUUUGAUAAACAUCUUUUCUGUCCUCUACCAAAUGAAGAAGAGAGAUUAGAAAUCCUUCAAGCUCUCAGCCGAAAACUUCAUCUAUCUUCCGACGUCGAUUUCGAAUAUUUAGCUGCUGCUACAGCCAAUUUUUCGGGGGCAGAUUUACAAUCGCUGCUAUACAGCGCCCAAAUUGAAAGCCUGCACCAUUUAAACGAUCAAAGAAAGCAGAAUAAAAGUGAAAAUGUCCACGAAUUCUCUGAUAUAAUAUAUAUCCCGUCACUGGAACAGGGUGUGGUUGGAAUCACCGAAGAGUAUAAAGAUAAAAUCUUAAAAGAAGUCGGCGAAAUUCAAAAUAAUAUCUUCGGGAAGCAGAAUUAUGUCGAAAUUAUCGAUGAUCAGAUGAUUAAUCAGACCCCCUGUAUUACUCAAAGUAAUUUAAUUAACGUUCUUUCUAAAAUGAAGCCAUCGGUUUCUCAAAACGAGAGAUUAAGAUACCAAACAAUUUACGAUUCUUUCCGUGGGGGAUCCGACUUGUUACCUAGAGCGGAGAAGAAGAGAGUAACUUUAGCGUGACGUGUGUACGGGGACCCACCACACCGUCCGAAAUCGCCCACAACUACUUUAUUUUAAUACUAAAUACGAAGAAAUUUUGUAAAUAAAAACCCAAAAUUUGUAUCUUAAAUUGGUAAAUAAAUAUCAUUUUAUUAAUAAAGAGUCGUUUGGGUGGUAGAUAAC